CUGAGAUUAAAGGCAUGCACUCCCACCGCCCGGCUGUAUCAUUGUCUUAAAAGAACCAAAAUUAUACAUUUCCCAGAGAAGGGAGAUAACCCAGUGCCCAAAAUCCUGUUCCAGAAAAAAAAAAAAACACUGGGCCGGGGGUCAGGAGCGUUUACCAAGUGUUACCAAGCUCUGUACUGGACUAUCACUACUCAGUUUUAUUUACUGGCCAAGAAAACACCCCCAGAGAUGGUAUCUCAAGAUGGCCCUGUGCCCAGUGGGGUUCCAAGCCUCGGUCCCUUGAAGGUAAGGCCAGAUCUCGGGGAGCUGAGAGAGAUUGUGGAGGAGCAGGGAAAGCAACGUGGAGGUGCCAGAGUGGGACCCAUGGGAGCCGCACCCCGUCUCCCAGCGCGUCAGAAGGCGGGCAAGGGUGACCUGGAUUCCUGCCAAAGAAUGUUCUAGGCCAACCGAGAGCAGCGCCUGUGAUGUUUGACACACUGUCGUGUCUUUCUGGGCUGUCCUUCGCCCUUCCGCAUCAGUCGCACCGGUAGCCUCGGUCCCUUUAAGAAGUCUGUGCCGGGUGGCCUCGCUUCCGCCAUGGCCGCUCAGCUGGUGGAGGACCAAGUGACCUGCUCCAUCUGCCUGGAUCGCUACCGCGACCCGGUGACGCUGCCUUGCGGCCACAGCUUCUGCGGAGGCUGCAUGCAGGACUCGUGGCGCUGCUGGGAGAAAACAUGCCCCGAGUGUCGCCAGCCCUUCCCCGAGGGCACCAAGCUGUGCCGCAGCGUGACACUGAGCACCUUGCUGAAGACGCUGCCUCUCGAGCUGCAGGCGCAGGCGGCCGCCAUCCCGCUCCCGGAGCCCGGCGCCGACCACGGCGCACGCUGCCCGCGCCACGGGAGGCCGCUCGAGUUCUUCUGCCGCACCGAUGGCCUCUGCGUGUGCAGCGCUUGCACAGUGCACGAGUGCCGCCACCACGAGCGGGCGCUGCUGGACGUGGAGCGCCGCGUUCGAGAGGACCAACUGAGAGCUAGAGCGGCGGUUGCCCGGCAACAGGUCACCCAGGCUGAGACCCAGCUUCAGGAGCUGCAGCAGCAGAGCAGCCAGAUCGAGAGUUCAGCCUGCACCCUGACCUCAGUGGUCUCCAGCAGAUUCAGCAGCCUGCUACAGGCGCUGGAGAAGCUUCAGGCCUCGACACUGAGGAACAUAGAGGUAGCCAAGAAGCAGGCUCUGGACCAGGCUCUGAGGGAGAUACAGCGGCUAACCGAGCACCUGGAGGUCCUGUCCCAGUAUGACCACGGUGUCCAGGCUCUCCUGGGGCAAGUGGAUGACUCCAGCUUCUUCCAGGAAUUACAGCAGCUCUCUGAGCCUGUGGAGUCCUCCGGGCCACUGACCACUCCGCAGUGGGAUGAAGAGCAGCAGCUGAGCAGCGUGAAUGAGAUGCUUGGCCCGCUAUGUGAACUCCUCCUUGAAGAGAAGCCCCCCAGGGUGGCAGGCAAAGCUGCCCGUGCUGGCCCUGUGGCCGUGGGUCCUUCGGCACCAGUCUCCAGCGCCGUGUGUCCACUGAGGAAGAAACUCUGGCAGAAUUAUCGCAACCUGACCUUUGACCCGGACACUGCCAACCAGUACUUGUACUUGUCCCACAAGGACCAGCAGGUGACACACCAUUUCCAGGCCCAGGGCCCAGCCAGGCCAGGCAGCUUCGAGCUGUGGCAGGUGCAAUGUACCCAGAGUUUUCGGACUGGACAACACUAUUGGGAGGUACGCACCUCUGACCACUCUGUGACGUUGGGCAUCACCUACCCAAAACUAUCACGCCGAAAGGUGGGGACCCACACAGACAACAUCGGCCGUGGGCCUUCCUCCUGGGGCCUUUGCAUCCAGGAGGACAGUAUCCAGGCCUGGCACAAUGGCAAGGCCCAGCGCCUGCAUGGGGUGCCUGGACGUCUCCUGGGCAUCGAUUUGAACUUGACCGCUGGCUACCUCACCUUCUACAGCCUCGAGCCACAGACACAGCGGCUGCAUACCUUCCACGCAGUUUUCAGCCAGCCUCUCUUCCCCGUCUUCUGGCUCCUUGAGGGGAGGACCCUGACUCUUUGCCAUCAGCCUGAGGCCAAGCCCCCUCCAGGGCCCAGGGAAGAGGCCUCAGCACUCAUCUGAGGGAGGCACAGAUAGGUGCCGCCAUGCCUGUGUGCCCAAGAGUGGAUCAGCCUCUGACUGGGAGACUGAAGGCCACCAUUCUAAAAGGAACAGCUGUUGGCUGCUGUGGGAUGGCCUUUCUGUAUGCUGUGAAUAUGUAUUGCUACCACUGCUUAAUAAGUAACUAAGCAAGGCAGCUUAGAGGCUGGCGGGAAAUCCAAGCUGAGGUACAAGGAGGGGAAAGGCAGGCUUGGAGGAGACGCUAAGAGCCGCCAGGGGAAGCAAGAUGUGAUACAGCACAGGAAAAGGCACCAGACACGUGGCGAUCCACAGGUUAAUAGGAAUGGGUUAAUUUAAGAUGCAAGAGCUAGCUAGCAAGAAGCCCGAGCCGUAGACCGAACAGUUUGUAACUAAUACAUUAAGUUUCUGAGUAAUUAUUUUAUAAAUGUCUGCAGGACGGCGGGUGGGAGAGAUUUGGACCAUGGGCCCAGGCCAGACCAAGAAACUUGCCCCUACAGUUGGUCUCUCUGUUGACUCCGAGGAGAGGGAUGAGAGGGGAGCCCCUAAAUCCGUUUACUUUUUACUCUCUUCAAAGGGGACAGGGAUUGGAAAAAAUUAAUAGGAUGCCCCAGCCCCAAGCAAAAGCCAAGUUCUUGGUGUUGCCUAGACAUCUAUCUUAGCCACUGUUCUAUGGCUGUGAAGAGACACCCUAACCACAGCCACUCUUUU